AUGUGCUACCUUGAGACAUGCAAGUUCAUCCACAGGGACCUGGCAACUCGGAAUGUGUUGGUGAUCAGUGAAAAGGUGGUAAAGAUUGGAGAUUUCGGAUUGACAAGAAUUUUGGCGACAAAUGACGAUCAUUACACCAUGUCUCCUCACCGAAAGAUACCCUUCGCAUGGUGA